UACCAGUCCUGACGUUCUACCUGUGGUUUUUGAGGCGGCCCCAAAUCUUAAGUUAUUAGUUGGAGGACACUUACACCAAAGGACACGCACAUACACACAGUCGUCCUCCAGAGGUGCAGCAGCAGCCCGCACACCACCACACUGUUUCUAUGUAUGUGCCCCGGCACAGUGCAGACAGAGGUUGUAAACAUGGCGGCGGACGGGAUGGUGCUUACCAACCACGACCAUCAGACCCGAGUGGGGAUUCUGACGGUCAGUGACAGCUGUUUCAAUAACUUGGCUGAGGACAGGAGCGGAGUCAACCUGAAAGACCUGGUCCAUGAUCCCUCUCUGCUGGGAGGAGUCAUAGCAGCCUACAAGAUCGUUCCAGAUGAGAUCGAUGAAAUCAAGGACACUCUUUUGGAGUGGUGCGAUGAACAGCAGCUGAAUCUCAUCCUCACUACUGGAGGAACUGGUUUUGCACCACGAGAUGUUACUCCUGAGGCCACCAGAGAGGUGAUAGAGCGAGAGGCUCCGGGUAUGGCUCUCGCCAUGCUGAUGGGAUCACUCAACGUUACACCACUAGGCAUGCUGUCCAGGCCAGUGUGUGGUAUCCGUGGUAAAACUCUGAUCAUCAACCUGCCAGGGAGCAAGAAGGGCUCUCAGGAGUGUUUUCAGUUCAUCCUGCCCGCUCUGCCCCACGCCGUCGACCUGCUGCGUGAAGCCGCAGUCAGGGUUAAAUCCACACACGCCGCCCUGGAGCAGCUGCCCUCCCCUUCCCCUCUGCUGGCCAACACGCACAGCGACACAAACGCCAACAUGCACACCAUGGAGCGCGGCACCCAAUGCGAGGAUGAGGAGGACGAGGAGGAGGAGGAGGAGAGGAGGAGAGUUCGACAUGCGCACAACCACCACCACCACCACCACCAUCACCAGCAUGGUACCUCCCACAUCACCGCAGCUGCUAUCGCUGCCAAGACGAGCCAUGCUGUGGUCAUGGCUAAGGGGGGUCCCUACUUUGCCGGCAACACACCUGCCCCACCCACUCAUUUCACCUGCUCCUGUACUCAUGACCUGCAGAUCCCGGACUCUAUCAUUUCCCGAGGCGUUCAGGUGCUUCCUCGAGAUUCAGCCUCUUUAAGCUCCACCCCUUCCGAGUCACCACGGGCCACACAGGCGACCUCCCGUCUGUCCACCGCCUCAUGCCCGACACCCAAGGUUCAGUCACGAUGUGGCAGUAAUGAGAACAUUCUGAGAGCCAGCCACAGUGCGGUGGACAUCAGUAAAGUGGCACGUCGUCAUCGCAUGUCUCCGUUCCCAUUGACUUCAAUGGACAAAGCCUUCAUCACUGUUCUAGAGAUGACACCUAUUCUGGGAAUUGAAGUCAUUAACUACAGAGAUGGUUUUGGUCGAGUGCUCGCUCAGGACAUAUAUGCCAAAGACAACCUUCCUCCGUUCCCUGCUUCUGUUAAAGAUGGCUAUGCUGUACGAGCUGCUGACGGCCCGGGAGAUCGCUUCAUCAUGGGAGAAUCACAGGCUGGACAACAGCCCACUCAUACAGUGAUGCCAGGUCAGGUGAUGAGGGUGACGACCGGGGCUCCGAUUCCUUGUGGAGCCGACGCUGUGGUCCAGGUAGAAGAUACAGAACUUCUGAGGGAGUCUGAGGAUGGCACAGAGGAGCUGGAGGUGAGGAUCAUGGUCCAGGCCCGUCCCGGACAGGACAUCAGGCCAAUAGGCCAUGACAUCAGGCGAGGGGAGUGUGUGUUGGCUAAAGGAACACAUAUGGGGCCGUCAGAGAUCGGCCUGCUGGCUACAGUGGGAGUGACUGAGGUCAGCGUGCACAAGUUCCCUGUGGUGGCUGUCAUGUCCACUGGAAACGAGCUGUUGAAUCCAGAGGAUGAUCUUCACCCAGGAAAAAUACGAGACUCCAACCGCUCCACCCUGCUGUCCACCAUCCAGGAACAUGGCUAUCCCACCAUCAAUCUGGGCAUUGUUGGAGACAACCCUGAUGACUUGCUGUCAGCGCUCCAUGAGGGAAUCAGUCGUGCCGACGUCAUCAUUACUUCGGGGGGUGUGUCCAUGGGAGAGAAGGACUACCUAAAGCAGGUGCUGGAUAUUGACCUUCAUGCUCAGAUCCACUUUGGACGAGUCUUUAUGAAGCCAGGUCUUCCUACUACAUUUGCCACAGUUGACAUCGACGGAAUACGGAAACUCAUCUUUGCUCUGCCAGGAAACUUCAACUUCAGAGAGACUGGGCCCUCCCUGCUGGAGGUCGUAGCCCCGAGUGAGACCGAGGCCAGACAACCACUAACCCCUGCACCUAGAGGAAGUAACCCAGUGUCUGCAGUGGUGACCUGUAACCUGUUUGUGAUUCCUGCUCUGAGGAAGAUGCAAGGCAUUCUGGACCCUAGACCUACAAUUAUUAAAGCUAGGCUUUCUUGUGACGUGAAGCUGGAUCCCAGGCCAGAGUACCAUCGCUGUAUUCUCACCUGGCAUCACCAGGAGCCGCUGCCCUGGGCACAAAGCACAGGCAACCAGGUAUCCAGCAGGCUAAUGUCAAUGCGUAGCGCUAACGGUCUGCUGAUGUUACCUCCCAAAACAGAGCAGUACGUGGAGCUGCAUAAGGGAGAGGUUGUGGACGUCAUGGUCAUCGGACGGCUAUGAUGCACACUUCAAUGUCACUCGCUACCGAUUACCAUGGCAGUGCCAGGACUUCCUGUCUGGACAGGAAACGGGCGGGGGCAGGAAGUGAUGCAUGUCUACCUGGUCGCCAUUAGCUGUGAUGUCAUAUGCAACAGCCAAUCGGAGCCAGCGGAGGCUGAAACCUCAUUGGUCUGCUCUGAGGAGAUCACUGUAUUUCAGUGGAGAAAAAAUGUGGAAAAAAAUAUAAAAUAUGAGAUUUAUUCUGUAAUAUUAUUAUUAUUAUUAUCCUGAUGAUAAUGAUUAUUAAUAGUCUUAAUUAAUAUUCUAUUUAUUAUUAUUAUUAUUACCAUGGUUCUGAUUGAAUAUUAUCAUCUUAGUAGUACUCAUGCCCUCUUCUCUCCUGUUCAUUUGCUUUGUGCGUUUGAUAUUCUUCCCUGGUAGAUAUAGAGAUAUAGAGACUUCCUCCUCCUUCCUCCAAUCCUCCUGACCUUUAUUUUCCUUUUCUCUACCUCUUCUUUCUCUCUCCUUCUGUUCUGCUCUAGCAUCCUCUACCCAGAUAUAGAAACUCCUUGAUAACUAUCCCUGCAGUAUCACUACGUCUCCUCCUUGAACACACUGACCUUACAUCAGUAUUGACAAAAAUAUGAACUAUAUGCUUAUAAAGACAUCUUUUGAUUAAAGCUGCUGAUAUAGUUUGUGCCAGUACAGUUUUAUAUAUUAUAUAUAUAUAUAUAUAUAUAUAUAUAUAUAUAUAACAGUGUGUAUAUAUAAAAACAUUUUUUGCCAAAAAAGAGGAAAAAAAAAUACAAGGAUACUUGUUACAUUUUGUUUUCCAGCUAUAAUAUUUUUAAUCCAUACUGAUACUCUAAAACUCAUCAUGACUCUCAAUAAAAGCCAUGCGACUCUUUUAGGUGGUUCAAUGGUUAGGCUUCAUGGCGCGGUGAGGCAGGACUCAUUUCACCACACUGGAAUGGUUUAUGUGGUCUGACAUCAGAUAUAAACGCAGUUGUCAUCAUAAAAUACAUAAUGUCUUCUAUGAUCUGAUUCUUAGAUCACCGGUGGGCCACAGAGACAGAAUCUGUAUACCCUUAACCCUGCACUCACUUUAUAGUUUACAUUGUGAAACGACAGUGUGAAAUUUGAAACUGAUAAAUGUAUUUGCAUUUUUACAACUAUUAGAGGAUAUUGUGGUGAUAUUGUUUUUCUUACUAUCAAGAAAUUCCAUAAAAUGGCCGAUACCAACAACACACUAACACUAAUUGUCAUUUUUAUGCUUAGAUUUUUGAACAAAUUAAACAAAAUCUAUUUAGACUUUAAUGUCUAGAGUAAAGUAUAUUUCAAUCCAAGCUAGCUUCGUCUUUAUUCAGGCUUUAGCUUCAUAUUUAGUGUACAAACCUGAGUGGUGGAGAUAGCUUCAUAUUAAUACAUCUUUUCGUCUAACUUUGGCAAGCGUAUUUACCAAAAAAGUCAAACAAUUCCUUUAAAACAGGUCAGAUUAGCUUUAAUUUAUCAAAGGAAAAUCUCAGUAAUUUCCUAAUGCAGCUGGGAACUGUAGUUUUUUUUUAGCAAACAUUGCAUUGUAUUUGUUGGGGACUAUUUUAAGCCACGGAUUAUUAUACAUAUGGGGCUCCUCCUAUUCAGAGCAGUUGGUGUAUGUGGGAUUGAGACAAAAAAAAACUAAAGUGUGUGUGUGUGUGUGUGUGUGUUCAUGGUAAUGAAGGAAUGUAUGGAUCAUUUGGUUUAAUAGUUUUUGGACAAAAUUGUAGCUCUACGGCACAGAGGAAGAAGUUCUACUGUAUUAGGAUUUGAUACACACAUAAUACGUAGGAUGUAUUCAUUGUUGGUUUCGGUCUUUUCAUGCGAUUUGUUGGCAGAACAAUGUAGAAUAUGAUCAGAUCCUUUAAAGGACCAGUGUGUUGGAUUUAGGGGGAUCUAUUGGCUGGAAUGGAAUAAUGUAUUUAUAAUUACGUUUUUCAUUAGUUUAUAAUCCCCUGAAAUUACCAAUCGUUGUGUUUUUGUUUGCUAAAUAAUGAGCCCUUCAUAUCGACAUAGUUCCUCUUCCACACAGCCCGCCAAGUUGCACCGCCACGUUUCUACAGUAGCUCAGAAAGGACAAACCAAACACUGGCUCUCAAGAGGGCCUUUUUGUGUUUUUACGUUACCCGACAGCCACCGUAGCUUCUACUACGCACUUGGAAAGGGAGGGGCGAGGGGGUAUUCAGUGGUUGCUAUCUGCAACCUCACUGCUAGAUGCCACUACAUCAUACACACUGCUCCUUUAAGUAGCCAAAGAUGAAUUACUAUACCUAGUUGACAACUUGUCUCAAAGGCUGGCGGCCAAUCAGCCGCCUCCCAUCUUUUUUUCAAACCACACAAACAUGAGCGAGAGUUGCUUGAUGAGUUGUGACAUCCUGUUUUCCCAACUCAGAGAAACUCCCACCCGACAUCACUUUAAAGCAGGGUGUCGUGUUCAGGUGCUCGUAAACUACACAGCUGGUGUAUUUCUACCAUGACAGUGUUAAGGUGCUUGUUAAAAGUCAAAAGAAUCGACACAGUUCCAGGCUGUAAAAUAAACUACAUCAUUUGACUGCUUUUCUCUCAAUGUACUGUACAUAGUCUGAGCAUCACUGAGAAAUAAAGGAAGCCUUUGACAUUUAGCCCACAAUAAAA